AUGGCCGACGAGGAUCCCCAAAGCUGCGAUGGCGAGGCCGUCGAUCUCGGGCGCCAAGGACUGCGCAUUGGUGCCAUCUUCAUCAUUCUCGUCGCCUCCAUCUUCGGCGCGCUCGCCCCCGUCCUGCUGCAGCGCCAAACCAAGAUGCACGUACCCAAAUUUACCUUUUUUAUCUGCAAGUACGUCGGUACGGGCGUCAUCAUUGCCACUGCCUGGAUGCACCUCCUCGACCCGGCCAUCGACCAGCUUGGCGAUCCCUGUGUCACGGAGCGCUGGCUGGGCGACUACCCCUGGGCCCUCGUCAUUGGCCUGAUGACCGUCAUGGUCAUGUUCUUUGUCGAGCUGUUGGCGUCUCACUACAGCAACGAGGACGAUCACUCCCAUGGUGGCGGCUCCGACUCAGAGACGGACCCGACCAACGAGAUUCUGGCUCUGAAGAAGCCUGCCAAGAACUCGGUCCCUCAGACGCAGCCUUGCCCUCACGUCGACGACAUUGAGACUGGUCGCGGCACGACUAUCCCGGGGCCCCCUGACGACGUGAGCUACCCUCCGGGCGGCGAGGACCACAUGGCGCACCGCCACGAGCACAAGGACGGCGACACGGGCGGCAUCGUUGGCCAGCUCACGGCCAUCUUUAUUCUCGAGUUCGGCGUCGUCUUCCACAGCAUCUUCAUCGGCCUCACCCUCGGCACGACAGGCACCGACGAACUUGUCAUCCUGCUCAUCGUCCUCGUCUUUCACCAGAUGUUUGAGGGUCUCGGUCUGGGCUCUCGGCUCGCCGUCGCGCCCUGGCCCAAGAACAGGCAGUGGGUGCCUUACGUGCUCGCGCUGGGGUUCGCCAUUUCGACGCCCGUCGGUAUUGCCGCCGGCAUCGGGGCGAAGCCUAAUAACGCGGCGACGCAGAAGCUGGUCAACGGCAUCUUCGACUCCAUCAGCGCGGGCAUCCUCAUGUACACGGGCCUGGUGGAGCUGCUAGCCCACGAGUUCAUGUUCAACCCGCACAUGCGCCGCUCGCCGCUCAAGAUCCAGUUGUUUGCCUUUGGCUGCGUGGCGUUUGGCGUGGCGGUCAUGUCGCUGCUGGCCAAGUGGGCGUAG